AUGGAGGCUAAAUCUCUUACUGCCCUCAAUAACUUGGCAGGUAAUCCGCCUCAAUAUCCCAUCAACCCAGCUCAAGAGAGACAAGAUCCCUUGGUCCUCUACAUCUCACGAGUUCCUGGUACUCGAGAUGUUAUCCUCUCCCCGUUUAAACCUCAAUUAAAAAACGUCACCGCCGAAGAUGUCGCCAGUUGUCUCUACUACGUCCACUAUGAAGCACCUUCCUUAGAACGAGCUGGUGGUGCGCCACUCGCACGGGAUGAAGGUCACCGAUCUUCCAGUGACGAGAGCUCUUCAGCGAGGAACAUCAAGCGAAAGCCACUUCCUGGUGGCGCAAGACCAUUGACGCCUCCAGCUGAUCUUCUUCCUAUACCAAGCGAAGAACAACUUUCCGUGCCAGAUCCUACCCGAAGGCGCGGCCUAUCCGUUAAUUCGACCUUUGAUCCUCGACAACAAGCGUCCACACGAUAUGCCCACGAACCCGAAGAGCAGAGUCCCGUCCUCCCUCCUCGACCAACAAACAUCCCCCAAAUCCAAACUCCCGAAUCAAUCUCUCGCGCCUCAGGCUCAAUAAGUCGAAAGCCAGUCGGUCCCCGAACAUUGUCAAGUGAUGCGCCUGGGUCAGAGAACCAGCAUCCUCUUCCACAAAUCCCGAAGCCGUACCCAACAGCUGCGGACUUCGAGCGCAUGCUCCCGACAGAGCGAAAACGCACAAACCGAAAGAGCAACAGCCGGUCUCCCUCUCCACGUAAGAGCUACGAGGGAAAGCAGCCUUUUACGUUGGCUCUUAUACGCCGUGACCCAAGCACAGGAAAUCAGUGGAACGUCGGGCAUAUUUCGUCCUUCCAGACAGAAGCACCACCACCCGAGCAGGACGAUGUGAACCCGCUAUUCGCACCUGUACCCCCAGUUGCGCAACCGCUAAACUCUGCAAACCCUCCCAUUAACGUUUCGAUUGAGACACUGGGAUAUGGCAAGUUCCGCGGUAUGCCUGCGCGACGAAGCUUCGACGCAGGACCCGGCGAGGAUACUACGCAACCAAAGGUCGGCGGUGUUGUCUUGUCGAGGCAGAUCGCGAUGACUUAUGCGAAGAGUUGGACGACGAAUUGGCGUGAGAUGCUACAGGACGGUGCCGGACGGGGUCAUGGGCGACAGGGUAGUGUCGGGUCGGUCGAUUCUGUGGAUGCGUCAUCACCAGUUGAACCUACGACAUCAAUGAACCCAGGACCAGGCUUGAGACCGAGGGGGUAUAUCUUCACGAGUCCUUGGAACGGUCGAUGCGAGUUCCGCACUGGUGCUGCUGGGCGAAGUCUGCGAUGCUAUCACAUCCUGCACGACAAUACAAACAACCCUCUAGCCGAUAUUAGUCAAGGUCAAAUUCCUCCCAUGGGUGGUGGCGGUAUGGCCAUGAGCGAACUUCGUUUCAACCUUCCAACUGCUGAACUCUUCAAGUCACCGGAAGUUCGUGAAGAAGUCAAGACCCAACUUCAGGGACACUUCAACAAGCUUCUCCGUCGAGACGAGAAGCCUGACGACGGCAUGAUUUCGCCGUUCGAUCUUAACCUCGGAAAAGAGAAAGCCGGUGGUGGUAAUCGUGGCAAGAGAGCCAAACUGGGCAAGCUCAUCAUCUAUCCUGAUGGAUUAAAGAUGUUGGAUUUGUUGGUAUCCGCAAACAUGGGAUUAUGGUGGCAGGUGUGGGAGAAAAGUUUCUAA